CUCUGAUGAGGGAAGUGCUAGAAACUAAACCCGCUGAAGCAAACGGGAACAGCGGAACUUCUCAGUCCUCCACCCAAUGGCGGCUUUCAAGCACAUCGCAAUUGGCGUCUGCACACCGUCGCCGAGACUCAUUACCCCUUCCUCCGUCUCGCCUCCGCCGGUUCGCCCGCCGACGAGAAAGCUCUCCAAGGUAUCCACCAUCACCUGCUCCUCCAGCAAAUGGGCCGAGCGCCUCCUUGGCGACUUCCAGUUCUUCACCCCCUCCGCCGCCGCCGCUGAAGCUUCUUCCGAGCUCCAACGACAACAACUCUCCCUCUCUUCCUCCACCACCACCGCCACUCUCCCUCCUCCACCUGUCCCUCGUCCCCCGCCGCCGCCGCCUCUCGCUCCUCCCGAGCGCUACGUCUCCAUUCCUCUCGAUUUCUACAAGGUUCUGGGAGCUGAGACGCAUUUCCUCGGAGAUGGAAUCAGGAGAGCGUACGAAGCUAGGGUAUCCAAACCGCCUGCCUAUGGAUUCAGUCAAGAAGCUUUGAUCAGCCGUAGACAGAUUCUGCAAGCAGCCUGCGAGACUCUUGCCAAUUUCAAUUCCAGGAGAGAAUACAAUCACGGCCUCAUUGAUGACGAGGAGGACACAGUGCUUACUCAGGUCCCUUGGGACAAUGUUCCUGGAGCUCUCUGUGUGCUGCAAGAAGCAGGGGACACCGAACUGGUUUUGGAAAUUGGAGAGACUAUGCUUAAGGAAAGAUUGGCCAAGCAGUUCAAACAAGAUGUGGUGUUGGUAAUCGCUCUUGCUUACGUCGAUAUGUCGAGGAAUGCCAUGGCGUUCAACCCACCUGACUUCAUUAGGGGGUGUGAUAUGCUAGAAAAGGCCUUGAAGCUCUUGCAGAAGCUCGGCCCCACAAAGCUCUGUAAUCUGCAGAGCUCAUGA